GGCCUUGGAGUAGAGCGGCCUCCGCGGGCAACGCGGUUGGGGGUAACGGGACUACUGGAGCGACAGCGGGGCACAGGUCUGUGGGUCGGGGCGGAGCGAGGGCAGCCCGCGGGCUGGACGCCGCGGGGCCCCUUUGACCCCCAGGCAGCACUGGCAGUGGUGAACUCGGACUUGACCAGCUCCUUUGCCCUCAGAGUGAUACCUCUCCCCCCGCACAGUGGAAAAGGUGCUUGUGAUUUUGCCUCUGUAAUUGAAAGCUUUCUUCCAACCUGGAGUAGAGUAACACCUAGUUUAGAAAAUGGAUCCCCCGGCACGCCUUGUUACCAUCAAGAGGAACGGCUUGGAUGGCAUCCCCUUUCCGCUGACCCUUAGCACCUGCUUGUUUGGAAGGGCAACCGAAUGUGAUAUACGUAUCCAGCUUCCUGUAGUGUCAAAACAACAUUGCAAAAUUGAAAUCAGUAAGCAGGAGGCAGUACUACAUAAUUUCAGUACCACAAAUCCAACACAAGUAAAUGGGUCUGCUGUUGAUGCACCUAUACCACUAAGACAUGGGGAUAUAAUAACUAUAAUUGAUCGAUCUUUCAGGUAUGAAAAUGAAAGUUAUCAGAAUAGAAGCAAGUCACCUGAACUUCCAGAAAAAAUACGUGAACAGAAACCUGCACGGCGUGCCUCAAGAGCAAGCUUCUCUGCUGACCCUGAUGAGAAAGAUCCAAAUUCCAAAGCUCAUUCCAGCAUCACUAAAGGAAAUGCCUCAGCAAAGUCUCCAGUGCAUGUCAAGGAACUCAAACAGGACAGUACUACCUCAGAUGGCUCAAAGAACAGUGCUGCCCAGGAAUCACUCAGGUCUCCUUCUUCAGAAGAUUCAAGACAUGGUAGCAAGAAUGCAAGAGAUCCCACCACUGGGGAUUUUAACGAAAAGUCCAGGGUAACUUUAGGGGACUGCCAUGGAGAACAGAAUCCUUUUACCACUACACAGGUUCUUGACAAUGGCAAAAAUGAAUCUCCUUUUAAGAAGUUGUAUCAGUCAAUGAAGGACGAGUUUAGUAUAAAAUCACAAAGACACAGUGUUCUACAGUAUCGUAGAAAAUCAGGAGCACUCACUGCUCACACAGCAGGAAAAGAAGAGAGUAGUGAUGGUUCACAGAAGGAGGCUCAGCCAUUGGUGUCAAGUAAAGCAAGACGCAAGUCCAGUAGAAGUACCCACAUUAAUGGUGCUUCUUCACCUGCACCAGGAAUGAAUCAGGCUGAGGAGAACAAAAGCGAUCCAGAACCUAUUCCGACUCCCAAAGAAGCUGUACGUUGUAGCACUUCUUUCUCUCAGGUAACUCAAGUACACACACCUGUUCAACAUUCCCCACAAAGAUCUUCGCAGAAACGUAAGAGUGAAGACCUGCAUGCUACUGACAGACAAGAACUUGCAAAUCUGGGUAAAAAUGAGGAGGUGUCUUUGAAGAGAAGGCGCGUGUCCUUUGGUGGUCACCUAAGACCUGAAUUAUUUGAUGAAAACUUGCCUCCUAAUACACCUCUCAAAAGAGGAGAAACACCAAUCAAGAGGAAGUCUCUUGGAACUCAUACUCCAACUGUCCUAAAAAAAGUCAUCAAGGAGCAGCCUCAGGCAUCAGAAAAAGAAGAACCUUCGGAAAUCUGUUUGGAAGUGAAAGCACAGAAUGCAUGCUUAGAUGAGGUAGCUCCUAGUCCCAGAGUAACUCCCCCAAGGACGAAUGAUCAAAGGCGAAGGUCACACAGGGCCUCCACUGCUUCUGCUGAUGGGAAAUCUCCACAUGAGCCAGACAUUCCUAAGAAAGCAGGGAGGAAGAGUGGCCACUUGCCUUCAAAGAGAGCAUCCAUUAGUCGAAGUCAGCAUGACAUUUUACAAAUGAUUUCUUCCAAAAGAAGGAGUGGUGCUUCUGAAGCCAAUCUAAUUGUUGCAAAAUCAUGGGCAGAUGUGGUAAAACUUGGUGUAAAACAAAUGCAAACAAAGGUUGUGAAGCAUGCCCCUUCAAGACAGAUGCACAGAAGACAAAGAAAACCUAAUACUCCAAAGAAGCCUUCGGACAGUGUUCACAAUCAGUUUAGCACAGGUCAUGCAAAUUCUCCUUGUACCAUAGUAAUAAGGAAAGCACAGAUUGAAAAAGUAAAUGUACCUCCUCGGCCCUAUAGAAUGCUGAACAACUUCGUUUUGAACCAGAAAAUGGACUAUAAUGAAGAUCUCUCAGGGCUAACUGAAAUGUUUAAAACUCCAGUGAAGGAGAAGCCACAAACGAUGAGCACAUGUUCUACCAUGCUCUCCAAUUCAGAGAAUUUGCCUGGAAAAAAGUCUAAAGUAAUUAGUUUAGAAGAAGAAUCUCUGCCCAUCCCUUCCAUAAAUUUAGGAGAAAAUGUGUACUGUAGUGCUCAGAAUGCAGCAAAAGAAUCAUCUGAUAAAUAUUUUGCAAGCCCUGUGUUAAGAAAGAAGUGUAUAAAAGAAGAUGAAAAGAUAGUAAAAACUACUAGGAAUAUCUAUAAAAUUACUAAUUUUGAGAUUAAAACUCCAGAUUCUGUAACAGAGCCUCUGAAGACAGUCUGUAGUACAAAUAAGUUAAGAAGAUCUGUGGAGUUCACAAAAAUGCAGAUGCAACCUACAGAAAGUAAAAGUGAAGAAACAGAAGCAGGCAUUAUUGAGACCAUCACAGAAAAAAGCCUGAGGAAGACACCCCGAGAAAAGGAAAAAGAGAGAGGGAUGAAGGAUAGUGAAAUAUCCUUAGAAACAUUUAAGGAAAAUGUGGAAUCAAAUGAAAAUUCUGGAAAGAUAACUUCAAGGAGAUCAAGAAGUAGGGAAAGGACAUCAAAAAGUGGAGGAAAGAAGCAUGAAUCCACAGGUGACAAGACAGGUCUCAAGAGAAUAAAAAGAGAAAAAUCCACACAAAACAUAUUGGAUACCCAAAUACCUUUACAAAAAACAGAUUGUGCCAAGGAAUCAACAAAUGAGGCAGGGACAGUUACCAUAAUACCCUGCAAAUCUUCACAACCAAAACCAGUCGACUCCCCAACAAACAGAAAGAGACAGCUGAAGACAACUCUGGGAAAAAUGGAUGUGAAAGAAGAGGAGGUGCCUUCAUGGAGGAAGGUCUCACAAAUAUCAGAGGAAUACAUACACAUAGUAGAUUAUGAUAAAAGUAUGGAAGUGUUUCAGGAAACUCCAAAGCAGAAAUUGGACUCGGCAAUAUAUACAACAGGAAUGAAGAGGUGGCCAAGAACUAAAAAUACCCAACCUCUGGAAGACCUAGUAGGCAUCAAAGAGUUACUCCAAACACAAGAAUGCAUAGAUGAGUCUGUAAGCGAAUACAAAACUAAAGGGCCCUGCAGUGUGCCACAUACAGCAGCAAUGGAUACCCCAAGAAGAAGAAAAACAUUGCCCAACACACCCCGCAGUAAAGUGGAUGUAAAAGAGGACAAAGCGAUACAUACCCAAAAAGCAACAGAAGAUGAAGACAAAGGCAUCAAAGCUUUCAAAGAACCUACACAGCAGACACCAGACCUAGCAACAAGCACAUCUGACAGCAAGAGAUUGCCAAGAACACCUAAGGCAAAGGCCCAGUCCGUAGAAAACCUGACUGGCUCCCAAGAAGUCUUCCAAACACCAAGCCAUGUCAAGGACUCAAUGAUUGAACAACAAACCCCCAAAACACCCCAUGGGUCUUCACAGUCAGGUCUAGUAGAUAUUUCAGCAACCUCAAAGAGAUGUUCUAAGAUGAAAGUGGAGAAAAGAGAUGGGAAAGAGGAGCUCCCAACACUGAGGAAACUAACUCAGUCACCAGACAAAGCCAUGCACACACCUACGGCACCAGUUGAAGAGAAAAAAGUGAUUAGAGCAUCUAUGCGAACUCCAAAACAGAAACUGGACAUGACAGGAAAUUCAGCUGAACUGAAAAGACCAGCACAAACUUCUAAGACAAAGACCCAGCCUGUAGAAGACCUGGCUGGUUUCCAGGAGCUCUUCCAAACACCAAGCCAUGCCAAGGACUCAGUGACUGAACAAGAAACCCCCCAAACAUCCCUUAGAUCUUCACAGCCAGGACCAAUGGAUACUUCAGUAACCUCAAAGAGACGUUCUGUGAUAAGUCUGGGGAAGACAGAUGGGAAAGAAGAACACUCAACACCCAGAAAAUUAACACAGUCGCCACACAAAGCCAUGCACACACCUACCGCACCAGUUGAGGAGAAAAAAGUGAUCAGAGCAUCUAUGCGAACUCCAAAACAGAAACUGGACAUGACAGGAAAUUCAGCUGAACUGAAAAGACCAGCACGAACUUCUAAGACAAAGACCCAGCCUGUAGAAGACCUGGCUGGUUUCCAAGAGCUCUUCCAAACACCAAGCCAUGCCAAGGACUCAGUGACUGAACAAGAAACCCCCCAAACAUCCCUUAGCUCUUCACAGCUGGGACCAAUGGAUACUUCAGUAACCUCAAAGAGACGUUCUAUGAUAAGUCUGGGGAAGGCAGAUGGCAAAGAAGAGCACUCAACACCCAGAAAACUAACACAGUCGUCACACAAAGCCAUGCACACACCUACAGCACCAGUUGAGGAGAAAAAAGUGAUCAGAGCAUCUAUGCGAACUCCAAAACAGAAACUGGACAUGACAGGAAAGUCAGCUGAACUGAAAAGACUAGCACGAACUUCUAAGACAAAAACCCAGCCUGUAGAAGACCUGGCUGGUUUCCAAGAGCUCUUCCAAACACCAAGCCACGCCAAGGACUCAGUGACUGAACAAGAAACCCCCCAAACGCCCCUUAGCUCUUCACAGCUGGGACCAAUGGAUACUUCAGUAACCUCAAAGAGACGUUCUGUGAUAAGUCUGAGGAAGACAGAUGGGACAGGAGAGCACUCAACACCCAGAAAACUAACACAGUCGCCAGACAAAGCCAUGCACACACCUACAGCACCAGUUGAGGAGAAACAAGUGAUCAGUGCAUCUAUGCGAACUCCAAAACAGAAACUGGACAUGACAGGAAAUUCAGCUGAACUGAAAAGACCAGCACGAACUUCUAAGACAAAGACCCAGCCUGUAGAAGACCUGGCUGGUCUCCAAGAGCUCUUCCAAACACCAAGCCAUGUCAAAGAUUCAGUAACUGAACAAGAAACUCCUGAAAUACUGCAUAGAUCUUCACAGUCAGGUCCAGUUGAUAUUUCAGCUGUUUCAACAAGACAUUCUAAGAUAAGUCUGGGGGAAAUGGAUGAGAAACAAGAGCUCUCCAUACCCAGAAAACUAACACAGUCACCAGUUAGAACCAUGCACACACCUACAGUAACAAUUCAGAAGAAACACAUCAGAGCAUCUAUGCAAACUCCAAAGCAGAGACUAGACCUGACAGAAAAUUCAUCUGAACUUAAAAGACCAGUACGAACUCCUAAGACAAAAGUCCAGGCUCUAGAAGACCUGGCUGGUUUCCAGGAGCUCUUCCAAGCACCAGGACAUUCCAAGAACCAAGUGACUGCUGAAGAAACCCCAAGAACACCCUUCCUGUCUCCACAGCCAGCACCAGUGGGCACUCUAACAACCUCAAGGACACGUUCUAAAAUAAGUAUUGGGAAAGUGGACAUGAAAGAAGGACUCUCAUCACACAACAAACUAACACAAUCACCAGGAAAAGCCAUGCACGCACCUCUGAUACCAGUUCAGGAAAAAGGCAUCAGAACAUCUACAGAAACUCAAAAGCAGAAACUAGACCAGACAGAAAAUUUAGUUGGACAUCAGAGAGGGCUGCAAAGACCUAAGACAAAAGUCCAGCCCCAAGAAGACCUGGCAGGUUUCCAGGAGCUCUUGCAAACAUCAGGUCAUGCUGAGGAUCUAGUGACUUCUGAGAAAACUACAGAAGUGCUUUAUAGAUCUCCACAACCAGGAUCAGUAGAUACCUCAUCUUCAAAGAGAUGUCAUAAGACAAAUCUGGGGAAAGUGGAUGUGAAAGAACUCUCAGUAGUGAGAGAACUAACUCAAAUGUCAGAGAAAACCAUGUAUACACCUACAGUGAAAGUAGAUGAUGGAGACAAAAGCAUCUGCUAUGGGGACUCUCUGAACCCAGUCACAAAUGAAUCUGGUAGGAGACAGCAAAGAACAACUAAGGCAAAGACUCAGUUCCUAGAAAAUCUGACUGGCUUCCAAGAACUCUUCCAAACACUAGGUGAUGCCAAGGACCCAGUGACUACUGAUGAAAACACAAAAAUGCCCUACAUUUCUCCACAUCCAGGGCUACGCAGAACAUCAUCAACCUUAAACAAACAUCCCAGGACAAGUGUGGGGACAGUGGACAUGAAAGAAGUGCUCUCAGCCCCCAAGAUACUAACACAGUCACCCGGCAAAGCCUUGCACAUACCUCUAGUAUCAGUUCAGGAAGAGAAAAGCAUUAGAGCAUCUACUGGAACUGCAAAGCAGAAACUAAACCCAAGAGAAAAUUUAAAUGGACCUAAGAGACAGCCACAAACACCUAAGCAAAAAGCCUGUGUCCUAGAAGACCUGACUGGUUUCCAAGAGCUCUUUCGAACACCUGGUCAUGCCAACGACCCAACAACUCCUGACGAAACUACAAAAAAGAGCACCCCAGCAACCUCAAAGGGACAUCCUGAGACAAGUUUGGAAAAAGAUAGGAAAGAGGUGCCUGCUAUGAGAAAGUGCACACAAACAGGGAAAGCCAUGCACACAUCAAAAGUACUAGAAGGUGCUGACAAGGUUUUUAAAGACUUUGUGGAACAGACCCUGAUUACAGCCACAAAAAGCAAUAAGAGGCAGUCAAGAAAAUAUAAGGAAGAAGUCCCAGUCAUAGAAGAUCUAGCUGGUUUACAGGAGCUCUUCCAAACCCCAGACCAUGCCAAAGACCCAAAAAGUGUUGGCAAAACUACAAAAGUGCCCUGCAUAUCUGUACAAACAGAAUCAGUAGGCACUCCCACAAGAGUAGUGAGACAGUCCACAAGUCUAGGGGGUAAAAUUGUGAAAGAGCACUUAGCAGUAUUAAAUUUAACACAAAUAUCUGAGAAAAUUGCAGACAAACAUGAAGAGCCCACAGAUGAUAAACAAUGUGAAACGUUUAAGAAAUCCACAAAACGGAAAAUGGACCCAGCAGAAUGUGUUACUGGCAUCAAAAGGCUGAGAGGAGAAUCUAAGAAAAACUCUCAAUCCCUAGAAGACCUGACUGGCUUCAAAGAGCUGUUCCAAACACCAGCUCAUAUUGAGGAAUCAGUGAGUGAUGAACAAACUACAAAAACGCCUUGCAUAUCACAAUUAGAAUCAGUGAACACCCCCAGAAGGAAAAAAGGACUGCCCAGCACACCCAGGGGGAAAAGGGAUAUGAAAGAAAAACAAAUCAUAUGUACACGAAACACAGCAGAUGAUGAUGAUAAAGGCAUCAAAGCUUUUAAGGAAUCUGCAAAGCAGACUCUGAACCUAGCAGCAAAUGUAUCUGGCAGCAGGAGGUGGCCAAGAACACCUAAGUUAAAGGCCCAGGUUCUAGAAGACCUUACUGCCUUCCAAGAGCUCUUCCAAACCCCAGACUAUGCCAAAGACUCAAUAAUAACUGAUAACACUACAAAAAUGCCCUCCACUCCAACAGACCCUAUGUAUACUCCAACAACCUCAAAGAGAAGUUCUAAGACAAGUCAGGGAAAAAAAGAGCCAUCGUCACUCAGGAGAGGAAUGCAAUCACCAGGCCAAGCCAUGCACACACCUUCAGUACCAUUUCAGGAACAGCAAAGAAUAAGACCAUCUACAGAAAUGCCAAAGCAGAAACUGAACCCUAGAGAAAAUUUAAGUGGUUUUGAGAUACAGCCACAAACACCUAAGGAGGAAGCCCAUGUUCUAGAAGACCUUACUGGCUUCCAAGAGCUCUUUCAAACACCUGGUCAUGCCAAGGACCCAGUAACAGAAAAUUUAACUGGACUUAGGAGACAGCCACGAACACGUAAGGCUAAGGCCCAGCCUCUGGAAGAUCUAUCUGGUUUGCAAGAGCUCUUCCAAACACCAGGCCACUGUUCUAGCAACCUGCUGACUGAAGAUGAAACCUCUAAAAUGCCCUAUAGAUUUCCCCAAUCACCACCAAUGGACACUUCAGCAGCCUUAAAGAGACAUUCUAAGAUAAGUCUAGGGAAAGAAGAGCACUCAUCGUUCGGAAAGCUAACACAGUCUCCAGUCAAAACCAUGCAUAUACCUUUAGUACCAGUUCAGGAACAGAAAGGUAUCAGAGCAUCUACAGGAACUUCAAAGCAAAAAUUAGCCCUGACAGAAAAUUUAGUUGGCCUUAAGAGAUGUCCAAAGGCCCAACCUCUAGAAGACUUGGCAGGCUUACAAGAGCUCUUCCAAACACCAGGCAAUGCCAAACACCCAGAGAAUGCAGUCAAAACACCCUACAGCUCUCAGUCGACACCAGUGGACACUCUAAAAACCUCAAAAAGAGGUCCUAAAACAAGUAUAGGAAAAGUGGGUGUGAAAGCAGAGCUUUCAUUGGUGAGAGAACAAACAUUGAGGGAAACUAUGCAUGCACACAAAGAAGGUAUAGAUGAUGAAGAUAAUCAAGUGUUAAAGGAAUCGGCCAAGCGAAAACUAGACCCAGCAGAAAAUGAAAAUGGCACCAAGAGGCUGCGGCGAGCACCCAAGGAAAAGACUCAAACCCUGGAAGAUCUGGGUGAAUUACAAGAGCUCUUCCAAAUGCCAGGUCAUACUGAAGAAUCUAUGAGUGAUGAAAAAGCCAUAACAAGGCCUUACAAAUCUCCACCAUCUGUCAGAACCCCAGUAAACACGAAGAGAGGCCUCAGUACAAGACUGAGGAAAGUGAAUAUGAAGGAAGAUUGUUCAGCAAUGCGAAAGGCAACACAAACAUCAAGGACCAUUACUUACACCUCUAAAGUACUGGAAGAUGAUGACAAAGGCAUUAAACAUUUGAAGGAACCUGAAAAGCAAACAAUGGAGCAUGCUGUAGGCAUACGUAGCAGCAGGAGAUGGCCAAGGGCAGCCAAGGAAAAAGCUCAGCCCUUGCAAGACUUGACUGGUUCCAGAGAACUAAUCCAAAUAUCAGGCCACACUGAGGAAUCAGUGGGAGGUGAAAAAACCACAAAAAUGCCCUGCAAAUCACAAGUACCAGGGGACAGUUCAGAAACCUCAAAGAGACGACCCAGGACAAGGUUUGGGAAAGUAGAUAUGACAGAAGAGCUCUCGGCACAGAGAAAACAAACAGGAUCCUCAGUAGAGACUUUGAACACACACAAAGAACCCACAAGCGGUAGUAAAAGUAUCAAAGAGUUUAAAGAAUCUGCCAAGCAAAAACUGGACCCAGCAGAAAAUGUAACUGGCAUCAAGAGGCUGCGGCGAGCACCCAAGGAAAAGACUCAAACCCUAGAAGAUAUGGGUGGAUUGCAAGAGUCUUUCCAAAUGCCAGGUCACACUGAAGAAUCUAUGAGUGAUGAAAAAGCCAUAAUAAUGCCUUACAAAUCUCCACCAUCUGCGCCAGUCAGAACCCCAGUAAACACAAAGAGAGGCCUCAGUACAAGACUGAGGAAAGUGAAUGUGAAGGAAGAUUUUUCAGCAAUGCAAAAGGCAACACGAACAUCAAGGACCAUUACUUACACCUCUAAAGUACUGGAAGAUGAUGACAAAGGCAUUAAACAUUUGAAGGAACCUGAAAAGCAAACAAUGGAGCAUGCUAUAGGCAUACGUAGCAGCAGGAGAUGGCCAAGGGCAGCCAAGGAAAAAGCUCAGCCCUUGCAAGACUUGACUGGUUCCAGAGAACUAAUCCAAAUAUCAGGCCACACUGAGGAAUCAGUGGGAGGUGAAAAAACCACAAAAAUGCCCUGCAAAUCUCCACAAGUACCAGGGGACUGUUCAGAAACCUCAAAGAGACGACCCAGAACAAGAUUUGGGAAGGUAGAUGUCACAGAAGAGCUCUCGGCACAGAGAAAGCAAACAGGAUCCUCAGUAGAGACUUUGAACACACACAACGAACCCACAAACAGUAGUAAAAAUAUCAAAGAGUUUACAGAAUCUGCCAAGCAAAAACUGAACCCAGCAGAAAAUGUAACUGGCACCAAGAGGCUGCGAGGGAGUCUUAAAGGAAAGACCCAAGAGCUAGAAGAUAUGGCUGAUUCCAAAGAACUAAUUCAAAAAUCAGCUGACACUGAGGAAUCAGUGAGAAAUGAGAAAACCACAGAAACGCUUUGCAAAUAUUCACAAUUAGAACCAGUGGACGUUCCAGCAAGUACAAAGAGGCAACUCAGGACAAGACUUGGAAAUGUGAAUGUAAAAGAAGGACUCUCGGUUUUUGAGAAGCCAACACGAGUGUCAAGGGCCACCUCCCACAUUUCCAAAAUGCCAGAAGGUGAUGACAAAGACAUCAAAACUUUUAAGGAAUCUUCAGAACAGACACUGGGCACAGCUAUUAGUAUUACAAGCAGCAGAAGAUAUCUAAGAGCAUCUAAGGCAAAGUCUAAAGUGGAAAACCUACCUAGCCCUAAGGAAAUAAGCCAAACACUAGACCAUAUUGAAGAACAAAUAAAUGAUGUUCAUAACCUGAAGAGCACUUUACAGCAAAUAUCUGACAAUGUAAAACCUCUGAAAACUUUUAGAAGAGCUUUUAGGGUCCCUAAAGAAAAAUCCAUAGAAGAUGUGGUGGACACCAAAGUUCCUGUAGCAUCACAGAAUGUAAGUAACGUAUCACUUGCCCCCAAGCAGAAAUCUGGAAACAGCAUAGGAACCAGGGGUGUGUGUUCUGUGAUGACACUACAGGAACCAAUAAAGGAGAAUCCCAUGAACAGUAAACAAAGGACUACUCCCAGGGAGAGAUGCAAGUCCCCUGACCCCUUGAAUGUAGUGAAAAAGCACACAAGACCUGUCAUGAACAAAAUUAGACUUGUAGAAGAACAGAACAGCAGUAUGGAAUCUAUCAAAAAGGAACAAGACUCAACCACUCCAAAUAAGGGGAUGUCCUUACGCACCAGACACCAAAAUAAAACUGAAGCAAACCAGCAAAGACUUGAAAUUCCUACAUCAGAAAAGGCCAAAUUAAAGAGACAUGAAAAGAAGUCCAUGAAGACUUCUGAAGAGACAGAGCAACAGAACCCAGAUGAUGAAGCUGGGAAACCUACAUCUAAGGGCAAGGUCAGUGGAAACAGGAUCUGCUUGAGAGCUGGAAGACGGAAUAAGAAUUCCCAGCUUCAGACAGCAGAGAAGGAUGGAAAAGAACAAAGCAUGGAUAUUCCUGUGAAGAAUCAGGAGAAAGAAGUAACCAAAAAUCCAGACACUGUGAGUUUGAGAUCCAGAAGAGCUAAAAUUCAGCCAAAAGGAAAUACUUCAGAGAGUGACUCUGCACAACAAAUAACUCGAGGUACCAAGAGAUGUGCAGAAAAUCCAAAGAAGGAUAGAGACAUCGUGGAUACCAAGAAAAUAAGAACCAGAAGUCAUCGAAACAUUGAAAAUAUUUAGCAAAUAAAUUUAAGAAAGAAAAAUAUAUUUUAGCAUAAGGUCCAAUUUAAAAAUGAACUCUGUAAAUAAUUGUAUCAGUGUAUAUAAGGAAAAGAACCUUAGAAUCUUUCAGCUUUGCAUUUUGGUGAUAACCUCCGUCUUGCCGGGUGAUUCUAGCUUGCAUUCCAAACCCUACCCCAUGAAGUCCUGAAGACAGCCAGUUGGGCAUCUGGUGCCAAACACUGAUGAUACCUGGACUGUUUCUUAACCGACCUCUGAUGUAUUAAUAGUUCUUGACAAAGCCCACAUACAUACCUGUGUCUAGUGUAGCAUGUAACCCCUUUCUCUCGUCUCUCAAUCUGGGAAUCCUGUGUUGUUGCUGGCCAAAAUGGGCCUGUAUCCCUUCUGUCCAGUAAGUUCUUAAUAAACCGCAUCCUUUGCUAUAAAACAAAAA